GAUGCCCUAGACCACCUAGCUAGUAUAUAUAUUUCCUCCUAGCUCGCUGGAUAAAAAAGAAAAGUAACAGAAACUAUAGAUUCUACACCAAGUUCCCACCACACUUUGAGAAAUCCAUAACCAUUGAAACAUAUGGAAGAAAGCCAUACAAGAGCAAUGAUGCUUAAGCUUUUCAUAAGAAAGUUGAAGCGGGUUCUCUUUCUCUCAGCUUCUAGAGGAGCCAAUACGAGUGAAGUCAGGUUUGAUGAAGUGAUGGAAGCUACAAAAAUGGUUCCAGGAGAUGUGAAGAAGGGACAUUUUGCAGUCACUGCAACCAAGGGUGAAGAACCGAAGAGGUUUAUUGUGGAGCUGAAUUACCUCACUAAUCCAGAUUUCUUGAGCUUACUGGAGCAGGCUAAAGAGGAAUACGGAUUUCAACAGAAGGGAGUUCUUGCAGUUCCAUGUCGACCAGAAGAAUUACAGAAGAUUUUAGAAAACAGGAGAAAGAGAAGGGCAAGCACUGAAUGGUAAGAGUACAUAUUUCCCGUCAUUCUACCACCACAUUGAAUUGCUCUUGAGAAAGAACGGUAUAAUUUUCAGGGUAGAUUCCCCAACACAAUUGUUCUUGCGUUCUUAGAGCAAAAUGUUGAUUCUUCUAAUCUUGUAGUAUUCUUUUACUACUUCAGGAUUAAUUCCUUUAGUCACCAAAUGUUGAAGGGAACAAGUAUUCAAUGAAAUAUGAUCUUAUUGAUUAUAAA